GAGCCAGGAGAAGCCCUUUCGGAACAGGCUUGCGAUCUCGGAGCCCCCCUCGAGCUGAGAGUCCAGACACCGCAGUCAGUCGCAGCAUGGCUCCAUCCGUGGUGAGCAACGGCAUCGCCGUCGGUCUGCACAGGGGCCACCAAGUUACCAAGCGCGACAUCGCCAAGCGUCCCUCCGCCAGCAAGGGCAAGCUCGGCAAGCGCACCAGUCUCGUCCGCAACCUCAUCCGCGAGGUCGCUGGAUUCGCUCCCUACGAGAAGCGUAUUACUGAGUUGUUGAAGGUAGGCAAGGACAAGCGUGCUCUCAAGGUCGCCAAGAGGAAGCUUGGUACCCACUUGCGUGCCAAGCGCAAGAGGGAGGAGAUGACCACUGUGUUGCGCAAGAUGCGCGCUGGUGGUCACGCCGAGAAGAAGAAGUAAGGGCAGUUUGCGUUUCGGAGAUUAGGGUUAGUCAUUGGGACUUUUGGACUGAGGGUGGAGAUCUUUUGUUGAAACUUAUUUUGGCCGUGCGCUAGUGCUGCAAUAGAAUAAACAGCUUCUGUCAUGAUGUAGCUUUCGCCCUCUUGGUACCUAUUGUUGGUGUUUCAAACCUCUGGCCAAGCCUUACCUGCUGAUGAUUCUUUCACUUUUUCUGGUUU